AUGCCUAGUUAUGUAAAAUUCAUGAAGGAUAUUCUUUUGAAGAGAAGAAGACUUGGAGAAUUCGAAACAGUGGCAAUGAUGGAAGAAAGCAGCGCCAUCUUGCAGAAUAAAAUCCCUCCAAAGUUAAAAGAUCCUGGCAGUUUCACCAUCCCAUGUGCUAUUGGCAAUAACUACUUUGGCAAGGCUCUCUGUGAUUUAGGAGCAAGCAUAAAUCUUAUGCCUAUGUCAAUUUUCAAGAAGCUUGGAAUCGGGGAAACAUGGCUAACCAUAGUAACUCUUCAAUUGGCUGAUCGAUCUCUAGCUCAUCCAGAAGGAAAAAUUGAAAAUGUCCUGGUGAAAGUAGACAAGUUCAUCUUCCCUGCUGAUUUUAUUAUUUUGGAUUAUGAAGCUGACAGGGAAGUGUCCAUCAUUUUAGGAAGACCAUUCCUAGCAACGGGGAGGACAUUAAUAGAUGUGCAAAAAGGGGAGUUGACAAUGAGAGUUAAUGAUGAGCAAGUUACCUUUAAUGUUCUCAAGGCAAUGAGAUCCCCUGAUGAAGUGGAAGAUUGCUCUGUUGUGAAUGUGAUUGAUACUUUUGUUUUUAAGGAGUUAGAGCAAGCUUGCUACAAAGACCUUCUAAAAAUCACAACAUUAGCAGAAUUGGAAGAAGAAAAUGCAGAAGUGAGUAGUGAGUUGCCUUGUUUGGAAGCAAGAUCAACCGGUAUAGCUAGAGGAAGGCAGUUUGAAUCUUUGGGGCUAUCCGAACGUGAGCUCAAACCACCUAGACCAUCUAUAGAAGAACCCCCAUUCCUGGAGCUAAAACGUUUGCCAUCCCACCUUCGAUAUGCAUUCUUGGGAGAAAUAAAAACACUACCAGUUAUUGUAUCAGCUGAACUAACUGAAGACCAGGAGCAGAAGUUACUUGAAGUGUUGAGGAAUUUCAAAAAAGUAAUAGGAUGGACAAGUGUAGAUAUCAAAGGAAUCAGCCCAUCCAUAUAG